UUCGUCACACGGAGUUAUUUUGUCGACGGAUCCAGAAAUGUGCUUUCACAAAGAAUGGCUGACAGUUUCAUCCUCGUUUAAUUUUAAUUCAUAGCUAACAAGUUCGAGAAAUACUUACAAUGGCGACGAGGAGCUACGUUUCUUGCGUUUUAUGCCAGCGGGCGAAUGUGAACAGGAUAGUGUGGAGCAGGAAUUUAAGUGGCAUCGCAAAGCCUCAGUCCAAAGCGGAUUUCCUUCAAGGAGAGCCACACAAACGACACCCGGGGGUGACCCACCUCAAAACCCUCCGCCUGCCCGAAGAACUCCUGGUGGCCGCCCGCUCUAUCAUCCACAGGUCUCAGGUGACACAGCUUCCUGACCGUGCUCGCAAACUGACCAACUUCCUGUGGAGCAGGAAGCGAGCUGCCGAGGACUGGGCAGUGAGGAAAAAGGCCGUGAGUUUGGAAAAGGAACUGUGGAAGAAGACCGUGGAAAAAGGAGGAAAUUUUGAUGAGCAAGUAGUGGCUGACCGCAUCAAGAGGGGCGUGUUGUCGGAGCUCCGGCGGACAUUUUAUCACUGGACUCCUUUGAAGUAUGAUGAAGAGCUCGGCGUGGUCUACAUGGCGGCUAAGAUGGCUGGAGGCUACGCCGCCGUCAGGAGGGCUCUUAACGAGAUCAAGAAACGCGAUCCUACCUUCGCUCCUCAGUCUCUUCUGGAUUUUGGGUCCGGGCUGGGAACGGUGGCCUGGGCGGCUCAUGCUUGCUGGUCUGCCACUCUGAAGGAGCUGGUUUGUGUGGACAGCUCAGGGCCCAUGAACAUUUUGGCGGAACGCCUUCUUAAAGGUGACGACGAACACGCAGCAACUCACAUCAAGCAUGUUUACUUCAGGCAGUUUCUACCCGUAUCCCCCAAGGUGCAGUUUGACUUGGUGGCGUCAGCCUACACGUUGUCGGAAAUCGCCAGUGCCAAGGAGCGGGAAGAGGCCGUGCUCGUUUUGUGGAGGAAGACCGCCUCCUACCUCUUAUUGGUGGAAAAUGGGACCAAAGAAGGCCAUCAGAUGCUAAUGGCGGCUCGAGAGACUCUACUACACAACCAAGACAAAACCGUCCAUGACACCAGACCGGCUUCGGUGUUCGCCCCGUGUCCUCACGAAGCCACGUGUCCCAAACUUGCACUAGCAUCCGUCGUGCCUUGCAACUUCCAUCAGAUGUACAUGCCGCUAUACGGGCAUAACAGUCAGAUGGAAAAGUUCAGCUACCUGAUUGUGACCCGAGAGCAACGCCGCCCCCAAGAGGCAGAGGUGGCCUGGUCCAGGCUGCUAGCGCCCCCACAGGCCAGGACAAGGCACGUGCAUUGCCGUCUGUGUCACCCGGACGGACGCCUGGAGCACCUGGUGGUGACCGCCAGCAAACAUGGACGAGACAUGUAUCGCUGCGCCCGCAGCAGCCAAUGGGGCGACCGACUUCCUCUAGUUCAAGACGACGACAACCAAAAUGAAGACGACACUGAUGGUGAACCAACAUCAGGCUAAUAAACACACCUGUAAUCAAGUUAA